AGCCAUAUUAUAGCAGGGCCAUAGCCGUAAGCAUAAUCCAUACAACCAGUUUUCUAGUUUCCCCAACUCUGUCUGUGAGUCGCCAGUGACAAAUAUGGCUCUAAAUUCCCAGCUACUCACCCGUGGAUUCCCUCACGUGUACCUUUUCACGAGUUUUUCUUCGAAAAAUCCGUGCCUUUCUGCAGCCGGAACUAGGUUACCCGUCAGAGAGUCCAAGGGCUGUUCUUAUCCAUGUCUUUCGAGUUCUAGUCAUCGAGCCGUGUUUGAUGAAUGGGGUGCUAGCAAAACUGGAGCAGCUGGGCUGCUGGGUUUCGAUAUUUUACGGGUUUCAGCGGUUUCGGACGGUGGGUCCGGUGGAAGUGAUGGUUUUGGAGGCUCCGGCGAUGGGAAUUCUGGUGGCAAAGGUGAAGGCGCUGAUGGUGACGGAGGAAGAAGCGGUUGGUCCUUUCUUUCAUGGUACUUGGGUCUUCUAGCAAAGUAUCCUGUGUUGACAAAAGCUGUGACAUCUGCGCUUUUGACGUUUGUUGGGGAUUUGAUUUGCCAACUUGCAAUUGAUCAUGUGCCAUCCCUAGACGUGAAGAGGACAUUUAUAUUUACUUUAUUGGGUUUGGUGUUAGUUGGUCCUGCAUUGCACUUCUGGUAUUUGAAUCUAAGUAAAUUGGUAAAAUUACCUGGAGCUUCGGGUGCUUUCUUGCGGCUUUUGCUGGAUCAGUUCAUUUUUGCUCCUAUCUUUAUUGGGGUUUUCUUAUCUACGUUGACUACACUAGAAGGAAGGCCGUCGCAAGUUGUACCCAAACUUCAACAGGAGUGGUUUUCUGCUGUUGUUGCAAAUUGGCAGCUGUGGAUACCUUUCCAAUUUCUCAACUUUCGUUUUGUCCCGCAACAGUUCCAGGUCCUUGCUGCAAAUUUCAUUGCUGUAAUUUGGAAUGUGAUUCUCUCAUUCAAAGCUCACAAGGAGAUAGUAGUGACCAAAUAAUUAUGGCUGGAGUGCCAAGCUACAGUUGGUUGUGAUGAUAGAGUUAAGUUUCAUUCUAGCCACACAGCACAGUCUGACUUUCAGUUGUAUUAUCGAUUUUUUUAGACAAAUAUUA